CAUUGAUUCCCCCUCGCAAACCAACGGUCCAGAUUCACUCACCCCUCCGCCCCCACUCAAAUUUCACCAUCACUCCCCCAACGCCAACUUGUCGUUCUUUCUCCCUUCUCUAAGCUCUCUGCUCUCUCAUUCUUUUAUUAUCAUCAAAUCGUUAAAUUAACACACAACACAAAACAGCUCAAUAAUAAGUUGAACUUCAAGGUAGAAGCUACGCUGAAGUGAAACGUGAGUUUCUUCCCGGCGUGGCUCUUCUUCGCUCUCGGGAGAUACCUUACGUCUCUCACUUCACUUCAAUCGCAACCGCAUUGCAUUGUCUUCUAUCAGUUAAGGUCAGAAACAACCUGUCAAAUAAUAAGGUCAAAAUCAAUACCUAACAAUCAAGCUUCAAUCCCAAGAUGGUUGCACAGAACUUUGUUGUUGAUUUGAAUAAGCCCCUUGUUUUCCAGGUUGGACAUCUUGGAGAAGCUUAUCAAGAGUGGGUUCACCAGCCAAUUGUUAGCAAGGAAGGCCCUCGGUUCUUUGAAAAUGAUGUUCUUGAGUUCUUGACACGCACAGUCUGGUGGGCUGUACCAGUUAUUUGGCUGCCAGUUGUAUGUUGGUUUAUUCAUAACUCUGUACAAUUGGGCCUCAGUUGUCCUCGUGUAGCUUUGUUCGUGGUUAUUGGCAUUCUUAUUUGGACAUUGCUUGAAUACUCAUUGCACCGAUUUCUUUUUCACAUUGAAACAAAAACCUAUUGGUGGAACACACUGCAUUAUCUUCUCCAUGGCUGCCACCAUAAGCAUCCCAUGGAUGGCUUGAGGCUUGUUUUUCCCCCAGCUGCAACAGCAAUAUUAUUGUUUCCGUUCUGGAACUUGGUUAAGCUCUUAUCCACCCCUGUAGUUGCUCCUGCUUUAUUUGGAGGUGGUUUAUUGGGUUAUGUGAUGUAUGAUUGCACCCAUUAUUACGUGCAUCAUGGUCAGCCAAAAACUGAAGUACCCCGAAAUCUCAAGAGGUACCACUUGAAUCAUCACUUUCGGAUCCAGAACAAAGGCUUUGGGAUUACUUCGUCACUAUGGGAUAGUGUUUUUGGGACACUUCCUCCAACGAAAGAGGGUGCCAAAAGUAUGUAAAUUACCAAGGGUGGAGCAUAUAUUCAUUGGUUAAGAUAAUAGCAAAUUCAGAUGAUCUGCUUUUAUUAUUAUUUUUUUGGGUCUAAUUUAUUUUGCACCCCCAGUGGAUAUUCCUGGGGGCUGGCGUGCCAUCAUUUUGUCAAUUUUGUGGUGCAAGUGCAAAGUUCUACAAUUAAACAUUCUGCUAAAAAUUGAUUAUUGUAUUAGAUUUAUGGUAGAAAACUCGCCUGAUUGUGCAUAUUCCUUUCAGUUCUCAUCUUUACUCCA